AUGGAUUCAGAUUCGCUGGAAAAUGAAGCUGUGCCAGACGAGAAGACAGCGAUUCCAAACACCGAGCCCUGUGCUGCGGUUGACCCUGCACCUUUGCAGCAAGAGCCCAUCGACCAAGAAGGCCUGGAGGAUGAUGAAAUUCAAGCACAAAUUGAUCUCCUCAAGGACUUCCUGGAGCGCCUUGAGGUCACCAGGCCGGAGGUGGUAAGAGUGACCCAGGCACGGCAUGCACUUUGGCGCUUUGGACGUGCUUUCCGUGAAGGGCACAACGGACCAGACCGUUACCAUCAAAGUGAAGUGAGGCGACACAUUGCCCAGUUCUGGUCGCACUCCUGGCGUGGCAACAAUACUGUGUCCAAGAUCCUGCUGCUUCUUGUGGUGUACAACGGCUUGCCAGCCGUUCUGGUUGGCUCGGUGGCUUUUGUGUCCGUGCGGAUCGGCCUGCAGCCGGAGUUUGAGCUGCGGCCUACUGUGCCCAACGCUGCAGCUUGGAGUAUGCUGGCGGGCGUUGUUCUCUCAAGCCUCACGUUGCUGACAUGGCCAUCUCGCAGACGAGUUUUUCUGGAUAGAAUCUGCAUCCACCAGAAAGACGAGAGGCUGAAGGCCGAAGGCAUGCUCAACUUAGCAGCACUGUUGAAGCAUUCGCAGAGCCUGCUGGUGUGUUGGGAUCCAAGCUACAUGCACCGCAUGUGGUGUACGGUAGAGCUAGCCGCGUACCUGAAAUGUCAUCCAGAGGGUCCACUGAUCAUAAGGCUAUUAGUGGAUGCCUUGAACACUGGUUUGGCUCCGACACGGCUUUUGAUGCUCUUGUCCAGCAAGACGUUUCUGCAGCGUUCCAGUGCGGUGUGA